AUGAGUAGUUCUGAGAUGGAUAAAUCUUCUAAGGAGGGCACAGAAACAAAGGAGUCAAAAAUUUCUGCCUCGCAGGAGCAGAAUUCAGCAACUUCUGGUAUGGUUACUGCUGAAUGGGCUGCCUUUCAGGGGUAUUCUCCUAUGCCUCCACAUGGGUUUUUGGCAUCAAGUCCGCAACCACACCCAUAUAUGUGGGGAGUUCAGCAAUUUAUGCCACCCUUCAGCACUCCACCCCAUCCAUACGUUGCAAUGUAUCCCCCUGGGGGCAUAUAUGCACAUCCAACUAUACCUCCGGGAUCAUACCAUUUCAGUCCUUUUGCUAUGCCAUCUCCAAAUGGUAUUGCUGAAGCCUCUCCUAACACUCCCGGCAACGUGGAACUGGAUGGUAAGUCAUCUGAGGGGAAGGGAAAACUGCCCAUCAAAGUAUCUAAGGGAAGAUUAGCCAGUUUGAAUAUGAUUACUGGGAAGGAUACUGAACCUGGUAAAACAUCUGGUGCAUCUGCAGAUGGUGUGCAUUCUAAGAGUGGUGAAAGUGCAAGUGAAGGGUCAAGUGAAGGAAGUGAUGCAAAUUCUCAAGAUGACUCACAAAUGAAGUCCGGAGGCCUUCAAGAUCCAGCUGAAACAUCUCAGAAUGGAAAUGCUGGUCAUGGUUCCCAGAAUGGAGGACCAAAUACUCCUAAUUCAAUGGUGAAUCAAACUCUUUCUAUCAUGCCAGUGGCAGCAGCUGGGGCUGUGGGUGGUGUUCCUCACACCACUAACUUAAAUAUCGGCAUUGAUUACUGGGGUGCUGCUACACCAUCGACUAUUCCUGCAAUGCAUGGUAAGGUACCUUCUCUUGUUGCUGGAGGAAUGGUCACUACUGGAUCACGGGAAAAUGUUCAAUCUCAGAUUUGGAUACAGGAUGAAAGGGACCUUAAAAGACAGAGAAGAAAGCAAUCAAACCGGGAAUCUGCUCGCCGAUCCAGACUGCGCAAGCAGGCAGAAUGCGAUGAGCUGGCCCAGCGCGCUGCAGCUUUAAAUGAAGAAAACACAUCUCUUAGAGCAGAAGUGGCUCGUAUAAGGAGCCAGUAUGAACAACUUUGUGCUGAGAAUGCAUCUCUGAAGGAGAAACUCGGUGAAAGUUCCAGUCAGGAUGAUCCAAGGUGCAAUCGGGAUUCUGGGCAAGCAGAUAACGAUGGCAAUGAGUUUUGA